AUGGAGGCUACUACAACGACUCAUACCAGAGGACGCGGUGGCUUACGCAUCAAUGGCGCGUCUCGACGGCCGGUCUCGAAGAACAAACAUUGGGUAGCUAGUCACGUCGCGGGCAACGGUGCGGACUCGGAGAGGUGGGAACGCGGAGGACAUCACGGAUCCAAGCAUAGGACGUCAAGGGGCGGGAGAGGAGGGCGAAUCCAGAGUGGUAGAGCAAGUCCGGUCGUGAAUGCUCCCGACGUGGAUGAGCAAGUGGAGGGCGACGGGACAGACGCCGAACACGGAGAGGAGGAGGAACAAGUCGACGAACUCGAACACGAGGUCGAAGAUGAACACGAGGUGGAACCGGAGGAGGAGCCCGUGCUCGAAACCAUCGAAGAAGUGAAGGAGUAUCGCAAGCAAUUGACCAAAGCCCGCGAGCUGGAACGUAAGCGUGCGAUCGCAGAAGGAAAGAUGGACGAUCCGUUGGUUCCAAAACGCUUGGAGGAUGCGAUCAACAUGGUCGGCACCUGCAUGGACAUGUGCCCCCGGUUCGAGCGCUACGUGCGAUGGAGCGAGAACUUCUUGGACAAAUGGGAACUCAUCCCCGGAACAAACAAGAUCGACCACAAGAGAGCGGUCAAACGGUACGCUCGAGCUGUGGGCGACCAGACGAUCCCGUCUGACCUGCGACCACCGCCGGUACUCAAGAAAACCCUUGAUUACCUCUUCCGCGACCUUCUCCCUCGGGGUGGCUUUUCUGAGACGCACGCGUUCAUUCGCGACCGCAGUCGUUCGGUUCGAAACGACUUUACAAUUCAGCAUGACUGUGGACCUAUCGCGAUCGAGUGUCACGAUCGUUGCGCGCGCUUUCACAUCCUCGCCUUAUACAUCAAGGGCAACGAACAGUCAUUUGCACUCCAACUUCAAGAGGAGGUUCGGCAACUUAUGUACACCUUGCAAAGCCUGAAAGAGUUCUACGAAGAUCAACGAGGGAAAUACCAAUCCCCGACUGAGGUCGAGAUGCGCGUCUACCACCGUCUCAUUCAUAUUCGCGACCAGAAGGAGCGCCGCGACGACAUUCCACCGCACAUCCUCGCUGACCCGGUCUUCGCGAUCGCCACCCGCUUCCGCAACGCUGUUCAGGACGCGUCUUCGCCCAUAACCAAAUCGUCCCCGCUCAAUUUCGAGCCCGCGCUUGACAUUUUCAAUGAACUCGUCGCGGCGCUUGCGCAGCGAGGGAAUGUCGGGAUGAUAUUCCUGGUGGUCUGUAUAUUGGACCACCUGGGAUGGAAGGAUGUGCACGAUCGGGUGCAUUUCGAUGGAGAGCUGGACUAUCCGGAUAUUAUCGAUGGGACGUCGCCCGAUGUUGCCGCGAGCACUGGCGCAGCUCAGGAUGCGGAUGAGGACGGGCACGAUGGUGAAGCAGAGGACGCACAGGAGGAUGAUAUCGUACUGACGCCUGUGAGCGCUGGCGAGGAGGGCGAAGACGCGGAGGAUGCUCCAGCACCUGCAACAUCGGCGCCUGCACCUGCACCUGCAUCAGUAUUCUCUGCAUUCGGCAACAACGCUCCAACGAGCAGUCCUUUCUCUGCUGCAGCCCCAUCAUCCAACAAUGCUUUCGUGCCAACAGCCCAGGCACCGGCGAUGUCCGCUUUUGCGUCAUUAGCACAAGCCCAAGUACCCAACGCUUUCGGGCAAACGUCGGCGUUCGGUGCCGCUCCUCCUACCUCAGCCUUCGGGAUCAAUCCGACUUCAGCCUUUAGAUCCACGGCCAGCACCGCAUUUGGUGCAGCGCCAUCCGCGUUCUCCGCUGCACCAGCACAACCAUCGUUCUUCUCAACCAAGCCCGCCUCUCCAGAAGCGAAGCAAUCGCAAGCUGGUUCAUCUUCCGGUUUUCCACCCCCAGCGGCUACACCUGCUGUCCCAUUAUGGGGAUCACCUCCGACAGCCGCAACUUCAUCGACAUCCAUCUUUGGAUCAACCGGCACGAAGACCGAGCACGACCCGCAACCAUCACCUGCCGUCAAUGGAACCGGAAUCUCUACUACCCCAAUACUCAACCCUACCGCCAGAGAAUUCAAGCCAUCGCCCCUCAAAAAUUCUUUUCAGCCUCCCUCUGCGGAUUCGACCCCACCCCGAACCGCCGUGCAGAACAUGUUCUCAACUCCCCCGCCAGAGGGCAGCGCGCCAUCGUUUUCCACUCCACCCAACGGAAACAUGUCCUUUGAUCAGACCACCACGGGUGGCGUGCCGUUAUGUCAGACACCUCCAGCAGUAUCACCGUUUCCAACGUCUCAAACACCAGGCUCUGGUACUAGUGCUAAACCAUCCCCUCUCAAACUCGACACGAGCAACCUACGCGGUCUCUUCAGAAAGCCGACGGAAAUCAUUACACAAGGUCCCCGCACACCAUUGACGCCGAGCCAGCAGCCAGCACUCGGCCGUAGGCCACCUGUAUCGCUUCCGGCCACACCGACCGGGACGCUGCUCGAAAACUCUUUCAAGCAGUCCAGUACCAUGGGAUCCUUCCUCAGCUUCCCGAAAGUUGCCUCGCUUUCGGCAGCGAACAGUACCUCCGGGGUUCUGAGUCCUCUGGUUCCCAGCUCCCCAAGCACCUCUAAACUCCCUCCGCCACCGCUAGCCACCCCUCCGGCGCUUGAUCUGGCCAAGCCCAAGGGCGCGCUGCAGCUCGAUCCCGGCACCCCAUCGGUGUCCAUUUCGGAGAAAGCUCAGGGAAAGCAGCGAGCCUUCGAUAAGGACAUCGCUCGCGAGGAGGCGCUCGCGUUUGAGCGGAAGGGCGUGCUGGUGAAGGAGUGCUUCGGCAGGUGGAAGGAAAAGACGAUCGACCGAGCCGAGUGGAAGGAGGCUUGUCGCCGCAGUGACGAUUAUAACAAGAAGGUUCAGCGGGACCGGAUGUCCGUGAGCGCGUCCUCCCGGCAAGUCACGCCAGCAUUCUCGACAACCUCAUCGCGCACGAGCCCCAAGCGGCAACCGAGGAAGCGUACGAAGAGCGCAUACAAGCCGAGGCUGAGUGACGCGCAGCUGGCGGAGGUACUUAAAGAGAGUAAGCUAGAGAAUCAGCGAAGAUGGGCGGAGGGCACGUUUUUAGAGAGCGCCCGCGCGGUGGUGAAGGGCAAGAUGUCUGAAGCCGAUGUCGCGGCGAUUUCCCCGAUCUGGCGCAUAUGGCUCUCGACUAAUCCGGCGAACGACAGUACCGCCAUCUGGGUGGAGAAGAAGCUGGAUGUGCCAAACUCGGGUGAUUGGGUGUCGGAGGCCAUAUUUUCCAUAUCGCUGGCACCCGAUGCAGCCUCAUCGAGCUCGGUUGAAGAAUCUCCUGGGCUGAUCAUUUUUGAAUGCACACCGCCAGAUCCUUCGGACGACAUAGAACAGCGAUACCAAGCACUGGACGAUUGUACUCGCCUACGAGACCUGCUCGAGUCUUUAUCACCUGCACGACGCAUCGUACCUUCGUUAGUCCUCAUACAUUGGGGCGAGACUCCGGACAUACCGGAGGUCUUGACCAGUCAGAUCAAUCGGUGGAUUGAGCUCAGAGUUAUCAAAAGCUAUACAACCAUCGAGACCAGAACCUCGAUGAAGGACGUGGAUGGGAGAUUCCGUACAGCGCUUGAAUCGUUGGAUAUGGAUGUGCAAUGCAGCCUUGCCCGUAGGCUGACCGUCGAAGGCGUAUUCAAAGCUCUUGCAGAGCCUGUCAAAGACUACUCCGGCGAUUGGUUGGCUCGUUGUUCCGCGAGCGAUAACUAUCACUGGACUCUCUAUGGUCAAUUACUCAAAACCUACGUGGACUUGCUCGCUGUCACUGCCCACUCAGUGCUCGAUAUUUGCGGCAAUGCCCCGCCCUCGGACGUAUUGCCAGUCAUCAGCAUCGAUUCUCUACGCGACUCUGGGACCGCAUACAACACCUUGAUAUCGUGGCUUAGCUCUCCGCCGUUAGCCCACAUUGCGUCGCAGCUACUAGCGGACCUUCGGAACCGGAAUGCGUCAGGAGAAGACUUCCCGAAAGAACGCGUCUUCGACGAUAUCUGCAAGCUCGUAGUUGCCCUCGUCGAGACAUUUUCCAAGAACUGCACGGAGAUGUUCGUUCCUAAAGCGAGCUUAUCUGCCGCCCUCCGCGAAAUGAGGCCUGCGAUCGAGGUGCAAAGUACCGCGUUGCGCGAGUUUGCUGCGACCCAUAGCCCUCCUAUUGUCACUCCCAAACGUCCAGCGCCUGAACCGGAAUCGACCAUUCCCGACCACAAACGGUUCAAGUCUGGACCUGCUGGAACUCCAUCAGCCUCGCCGAUCGCCGACCUCAAGGUACACGCGCGUAGCUCGACUACGACGUACAGCAAUGGUACAACCACCUCUCCGUCGACGAGCAUGCCGUCGUCCGCGACGUUCACGUCGGAGGAAAGUCGCCCAGCCGUAACGGUGGCCAUGCUGCGCGAGCUCACCAAGAACAUGAAACGAAAAUACGCGGCUACUUGA